GCCAGUGAUCAAACUAGCGCCGACCACCGAGGACCAUACCGCGCCUCGCGACCCCGAACCACCGCGACCUACGCAGUCAUUCGGAUUUAAUUGUACUUCGUCCCGUACGCAGUGUGCACACGUGUGCCUGGUCUGAGAAUCGCUUCUUAAUUGAGUGGAGCGGCUUAUUAUCGACCGCAAUUGCCGCCACGCGCGCCGCCGCCACCAACCACCAACCACCACCACCAAACACCACCACCACCAACCACUACCAGCACCGGGUCCACCAGGGGGCAGCAGGCCGAGGGGGCCAGAGGAAUAAAAUGUCGAGUGGAAACCAGCGUUCCACGGACCAGGACACUCACAGAAUGCUCAAGAUGCUCAACAGCCUGGCCAGCUACCUGCUCGGUUACCCGGGCUCUGCGGCGGCGCCUGCGCCAGGCGCCGCGCCUGAGGGCGAUGCGACCAUCACCGCCCAUGUCCCUACCGCGUCCUUGCCCGGCGUGGACGUCCGACUGAGCGCCGUGGAGGCGGACGACGACUGGCUCCUCGUCGACAAGACCGAUGACGAGGUUUGCGCCGAGGGUGCGCCCUCGACCUCCCCGGCGGUCACCGUUCCGGCGGCGGCCGCGGCGGCUAGGCUCACCCUGGCCGUGAGCACCACGUCGUACCACUGGCCCGACAGCGAAGAGGGUGCAAGCUCGGGGGCGGCGCUCGGAGCUCCGGGCCCGCUCGAGGAGUCCUGGUUUGUGACUCCUCCCCCGUGCUUCACCUCUGGCUCCGUGCCUCUGGAAACCUCUCCGCUGGAGAACCUGCUCAUCGAGCACCCGAGCAUGUCGGUGUACCACCGGUCCGCCGCCCCCCAGGCGCCCGCCACCCCCCUGUCUAGCUCCGUGGGGGCUUCCCCUCCGCCCCGAUCACCCCAGGGCAGGGCCAACAUGAGGAAGCUCAACCGCCCGGCCGCCUCCCUGGGCGCCUCCAAGCAGGUUGCCUCGGCCGACACCUCCGCCCCACCAAGAACCGCCUCCCUCUCCCCGUCGGCGACCCCCGCCGCUCCGGUCGAAAGACGGGCGGCCGCGUCGGCGUCCUCCCCCACCAGGUCGAGCAGCCCGAACCCCUCCCAAACCACGGCGGUCCAGGCCUCGCCCAGAAGGCCCAACGCCUUCUCUCCCUAUCAGCAGCAACAGCAAUCCAUCCAGUACCGAACUGCACAAAAGCUGGUACAACGGGCUGCCUGCCAGCAGCUCAAGCGCGACUCCCUGGAGCGCAACAACAAGGCUCGUGAAAUUCGCUCGUCUCGCAACAAGCGACAGCGCCGCAGUGACCAUAUGCAGCACGGGCGCCACUCUGGGGCCAACAACAACCGCAAGUGCUAGCGCCUUGCAAGCCAUUGAUCUCAUCACCACAACCACCGAGUGUACGUAAGAAUGUUGCCUCAAGUAGCAAAGACACUGAUCGCCAAUGAAACGACCAUGGUUACUAUCUCCUUUUACUAAAGGUCCAGGCUAACAUAAUGUGAUUAUUUAAAGUAAGUAUGUGUUCUAGUCUCGAGUACAAACAAAUAACCAUGAUGAAAUUUACAUGAUACACAUCCACUUCUCUUUUUUGAUUAAACAAAUUUGAAGAGGAACAAAAGUGGUUUUGUCAGAAAGAUCAGUGCUUUGCUAUUUGUUACAAACUUUAAAGGGCAGAUGAAAGAUAAAAAUUUCAUUAAGUUUUAAAAUAACAAAAAAAAGAAACUAUUGUUUGUGUCAUCACAUGAUUAGAUGAGUUAAAUACAUUUACUUGUUGAUGACAAGGAAAGUGCUUGAUCACACUGAAAAUCAAGUGUAUGGUCAAAAAAAUACUGUUUUCAAGUGAUCAGUUUGAGGAGAGGGCAGGCUCAAAAUUGUCUUCUUUUUCUUUUCUUUUCUUUUUUGAAAUCUUUUGUAACUUGUGAGAAAGUGAGAGAUCUAUAACUUGCAUUGGUGACAUUGCAGGAACUAUGAUGUCUUACAAUUUUCAAUCUCUAUAUUAGACAUUUUACAAAGUGAUUUCCGAUUGACACGUGAGACACUUGCAAUUUACUGUUCUUGACCUACAUACAUGAGAGUCAAUGAUAUUUUUAGAAGAGGUGUUUAAACUCGUUUGGAAUACUUUUCUUUUCUUUUUUAAAUAUUUGAAUCCAUGUCAAUCUCUAUCAUACUGAGAAUCUUAGAAGAUGAAGUACGAGAUGAGUAGAAACAAAAAUUUUGAAUUCCCCGGGACGCUCACUGAACAUAUAAUAGGACUAGCACUUAGUUGUAAGACACUAGCUAACUGCUUAGCCUGUAGCCACUUACUCACAUGCUACUUGUCACAUCAAUUUUUUAUUAUUUCAAUAGCAUGGGUGGGUAGCUUGAGCGUUUCACAAUCUUUCUCACAUUAAUUCAAUGUUCAUUUACUAGAAAAAAAUAUAAAAAUAAAAUCUAACCAUUGACUUCAGACAAUGAAGUUGUCAUGAGUUGGUUUAACACCAAACUGGCAGCCUUUGUCAAUUAAUGUGAAGACAUCUUUAGGCCUCGCAAUUCUUCCACUUUCCUUUCUUAUUUUAUGCAACAUUGUAGUGUUCUACAAUAAGAGCUUUCAACUACUCUUUCUCCACCCUUUUGCUUCUCAAGUACACUUGAUAGUGCUUGUGUAACCUCCUGCCUCAUAUGAGGAGUAUUUAUCUUUUUUCUUGUUUUGGUGUUUAUAAGAGAUACUGCAUGAAAAGCAGUGCUAUUUUUUAAUAUGAGUUACGUAGAAAUUAUUUUAUAGUUUUUAAGUUUGCUUUGAUAUACUUGUUUUGUUUUUUAAUUCAUUUAAAACGCUGGGUACCCAAUAUAGUAAGUCACUGAAAACUGGCUCCCUGUAACAGUAAUAGGCUGCUAUUAUGCCCACCUGAAAGGAGAAUAGAAUAAUGUAUAAAAAUGCAAGUUUCAAGAUUUCAGUUUCAAACAUUUAUACCUUCAGUAUUGAAAAAUGAAUCAAAGAGCUUUUUUUAAAGGCCUUGCUGAUAAAUAAUGUAGAUUACUUAGGUCUUCAUCUCCUUGCCCAGCAACAGCCAAAAGCCAAAAUACUAGAUCUAGCCUAGCCUGGUUUGUGAUAUCAUUAACUGUCAUUGUAAUUAGCUUUCACAAAGUCCUUCAAAUCAAUGAAGGAUUGUGUCAUCUCAUUAUGUUUUAUAUAGAUUUAAGCACACCAUUAAUUGUGAGAACUUUUAUAAAUUGAUACUGUGACGAGUAACUAUUUUAAAAAGUUGAGAUACCAAAUCUUGCUGUAUAGAAAACUGUCAAGCUGGAGAGUUACAUUCAAAAUCACAGGCAGCAUAUAGGAACACCACAGACCCCCACUGCUGAUCGCUUAUGUUAUUACAUUUGUAAAAUAUUAAGUCGUAGUACUUAACAAAAUAGUCUGAAAAAUAUCAUCAAGUCUCGCAUUGAUUGGUUGAUUCAAGUCCACGUGUGCACAUGUGGUUUUGAAUAGUAUUUUCUCUGGCGCAAAAUGAUUUAUAAGCUCUAUGAGCCUUGACCUUCUGUACAGGGAGUGAAAGAAUGCAAGAAUGCAUUGUGUGAAAGUAAUGAAAACAGAGGCAUAAGAUGAAAGCGUAGAAACCAUGCAGAUUACUGCUUACAUCGUGAUUUUUUUUUCAUAACUGGGUACUUAGGACAAAAUGUGAAAAAAAAUGUCUAAGAAGAAAGAAAUACCAUUUAGUUCAUGAAUAGGACAUGAAUAGGUGUUAGCCUCUGUAGAUGAGUGAAUGUGCUGUGUUGAUAUUAAGGUGCAUGUAAAUGUUAAGUCCUUUUUAAAUCUAUCACUGUGCAAAGGCUAUGAUUCAGAAGUUUAUCUGCAUAUACCCCUAAAACUGUUCGUUUCAUGGCAGAUGAUUUUCUUUCGAGCAUGGAAGGGUUUUAAAAAAAAAAUGUCAUGUCUUGAUCAGGCAUGAGGCGUUUUUCACUUCCACUGGAAAUGAAAGUGUGCUGUCUUUCAAAAGCAGAGCACUGAUAAAAUGAAAUUCAAAAAAACCUUCCAAAAAAACCUAAUAGUGAAUGAAUUGAAUCUAUCUCUUAUCUUAAUCCCACCCUUUUUAUUUAUUUAAAUCAUAUUCAGGAAGGUAGAAUUUCUCUUUUUCAACUUUAAAGUAAUAACAUGAUACAUACUUAACUCAGCAAAGCCUUUCUCCAUGGUCUUUUUUUUGUUUUGUUGUUGUUUCUGUUUGAGUGCUCUUUCAAUAUAUGCGUUAGCAUUAAUACUUCACGCAAAGAAGGGAGAAAACAGGUAAAGUUACUAUUUUUGCAAUAAUGUUUCAUGCACAAUGUGUGAUGGACUGAGUUUUUAUUUAUUUAUUUAUGUUGUAAGUCAAACUGUAUAGUUUUUAUUACAAUAAUACUUGCAACAAUGAGUAUAUUGCAAAUAUUCAAAUCAAUUUUCCAUUAACUUACUUGAGCUUUUCAAACAGAAAAUCAUAUACCAUUAAAAAUAUAUGUGUAUGUAAAAUGUAGACAUGUAUAGUUAUAAAUUUUGAGAUCCAGACAAGUGCUGUUUAAUAAGUUGACUUUCAACAGAGGAAGUUAAUUUAGCAUAAUCCACUUCAGCUGAGAUUUUUACUUUUCUCAUCAGGGAAUUACUGCUUUUCAAAGAGAUUUUUGUUUUCUUUUUAAGUGUGUGUAUGCGUGUGUACUUGUGUAUAUAGUGAACCGAAAAAACCCACACAUAAGAUAAAUGUAACAUAGAUAUGCCUGCACUUUGUCACCAGCCCUUAAUUUCUCUACAAGGUAAUAAUAGCCUUGUGAGGAGAGGAUAACCAUAGCGGAAGUAUUAUGUAAUGUACUAUGUUAAAAAGGAAACAAAAAUCUAGGCGGGAAUCAAAACAUAUACUUCAUAAGAGAUUAUUUGAUUGUUAGUUGAUUUUAAAUUUUUGCUCUUCAGUUUGUUUGUUCUUUCUGUAAGUAACUGCAGUGAUAACUUGAGAGAAUCCAGUCCAAUACAAUGGUACCUGUGCUCCUGUAUUUCUUCAGAUACAUGCAGUCUUUAUAAUAAGAAAUAAUUGGAAAAUAUGCAAACCAUGCAAAUGUAUCACUGACAUUCUCAUGAUGUUCUUCAUGCUCUAAAUGAGGAAAAGAUCAUAAAAAUCAUAAAACUAUCAUAAAGAAAUAAAAAUGUUGAAUAUUACUUAAA